ACAGCUCAUAAACACAUGAAAACCUCCAACUUUAGCAGCAUCACAGGAUUCAUCCUCCUGGGCUUCCCUUGCCCCAAGGAAGGACAGUCUCUCCUCUUCCUGCUGUUUGCUUUUGUCUACCUCCUGACCCUCAUGGGCAAUGGUUCUAUCAUCUGUGCUGUGUAUUGGGAUCAGAGACUCCACACACCCAUGUACAUCCUGCUCGCCAAUUUCUCCUUCCUGGAGAUCUGGUAUGUCACUUCGACUGUCCCCAAUAUGCUGGCCAACUUCCUCUCUGACACCAAGGUCAUCUCCUUCUCUGGAUGCUUUCUUCAGUUUUACUUUUUCUUCUCCCUGGGUUCUACAGAGUGCUUUUUCUUGGCUAUCAUGGCGUUUGAUAGAUACCUGGCCAUCUGCAGGCCGCUGCACUACCCAACCAUUAUGACAAGGCAUCUCUGUAAGAAUCUGGUACUCAGCUGCUGGGUGCUUGGUUUCCUAUGGUUCUUGGUUCCUAUCAUCCUCAUUUCCCAAAUGUCCUUCUGUGGAUCCAGGGUUAUCGACCACUUCUUAUGUGAUCCAGGUCCCCUUCUAGCCCUUACUUGCAAAAAAGCUCCUGUGAUAGAACUUGUCUUCUCCACUUUGAGUCCUCUACCCCUUGUCAUUCCCUUUGUCUUCAUCAUGGGGUCCUAUACCCUGGUUCUAAGAGCUGUAUUCAAGGUGCCUUCAGCAUCUGGGAGAAAAAAGGCUUUCUCCACCUGUGGAUCUCAUCUGGCUGUGGUUUCUCUUUUCUAUGGCUCAGUACUGAUCAUGUAUGGAAGCCCAACAUCUGAGCACGAAGCUGGGAUGCAGAAGAUUGUAACACUGUCUUAUUCUGUUGUGACUCCACUCCUUAACCCAGUGAUAUACAGUCUUAGGAACAAAGACAUGAAAAAGGCCUUGAAGAAAUGUUUGGGAAUAUAA